AUGGUGUUGAUUACGUCUUGUGCUUGCAACACUGCUGAAUGUCGGAAUCAGCAAAAUCAAAGCCUUCCUUCCAACAACAACAACAACCAUCCACAACAACAAUCCCAACAACAACACCAGAUAGGCUCUUCUUCGACUUGCUCUUCAUUCACAACGGUACAGAAACAGCAACAAGAAAGGUCGCGACCCACAGAAGAGAAAGAAUUUGAAGGAGCAGACUCUUCGUCAUCAUUAAAUCCAAUCCUUCCGCCAUCAUCUUCUUUGCCAUCAUCAACAUCACAAUGCCUCAACCAUCCUCAAACUGAAACGAUUUAUUCAUCAUCAUCAUCGCCUCCAUCCACUUCAUCUUCUCCUUCAAACAGUCCACCUUCCAUGAAAACCACCAUCGGAACCACCAACAAUACCAAUACCACCCCCUCUGAUGUUCUUUUAAAACAACUGCUACAUAAUCAAAAGAUGCAGGCUCAAAUAGGCUCUAAAUUAUCAUUCCUUCCGCUUCUCUUUGGUUUGACCUUUUGUUGGGAGAGAGGUCCUCUUUUGUUUUUUAUGUGCACUGUGGGAGAGUUGACGUUUCAUUUCGCCUUGAAUUCUCGCAUGCGAAAACAUGUCAAGUCUAUCAAAAGUUUUGUACAAUAUAAUUCUUUAAGAUUAGUGGUGGUUGUUAUAUUGCAGUGGAUAUUGCAACUUUAUUACGGUCAUUCUGUUCCACUGCAUGUUUUUCAUACUUACAAGAUUUUAAUAUCUGCGAAUGUGUUUUACAAUAAUUUAAGGUGGUUUUAUGUUAAUACGAUUUUACUUUUGGGUUCUAACUUGAUUGGAAUGUACGUGGCCUUCCUAACAGAACGUGACAAGAUGACAGAAGAGCAAACGCAUGCCUUUUACCAGAGACUUGUCGAAGUAUUUAUUUUACAAUACUCGGUGGUCGUUGGGUCCUAUCUAUUUUCUAGUGUCAUGUCAAGUAAGACCGACGAAAGUACUCAACACCUAGUUGAGGUGGAGCGAGAACGUGUGAAAAACAGUGAGAAAACGAAAUUCAUUGCCAAUUUGAGUCAUGAAGCGAGAAAUCCAUUGCAUUGCAUUAUGGGAAGUUUACAAGUGUUGAAUCAUCAUUUUGAGGGAGAGAAGUGUUUGAAUGGAUGUAAACAUUGUUUUUUGAAUAAUAGUGCCAUCAAUGAAAUCAUUGAAGAUAUUAAGGAAAAUGCAACAUUAUUACUGCACAUUUUAUCAUCCUCAUUGCAAAUGACCUCACUUGAGAUGGGAAAGAUCAAAUUGAAACAUGAACCAUUCAAUUUGAAAUUCUUGUUAGAUUCAUUGAUUGGUGUUUUUUCACAAUUGGCUCAUGAAAAACAAAUUUCAUUGCAUUGUUUUUUCAAUGUCUCAAAAGUUCCACAACUGUUGAAAGGUGAUUCUGUUCGAUUGAGUCAAAUCAUUAUGAACAUCAUCUCGAAUGCCAUCAAAUACACCAAGAAGGGUUACGUCAGAGUUAACUGUGAUUUGGCAAAUGACGAAGACUUGAAAAGUUUUGACAACCAUGAAAUAAUGAUUGACGAGCAUAAUGAAAACAUGAUACCUCAGGAUCAAAAGAUCUUUGUGAAACUUGAAUUUAUUGACACUGGUUGUGGUAUUUCUCAAGAACAAAUUCAGAAAAUUUUUCAACCUUAUCAUAUCAUUGAUGAACAUCAACAAAAUGAAGAUUUCUCCCUGGGAUUUGAGCAAUACUUUAACCAUUCAGAGAAUAUGAACAAGUUAAGCGAUGGUGGAAGCAGCUUGAUUAACACCAAUAGAAAUGGGCUUGGAUUGAGUAUUACAAAAUUACUGAUCAACAAAAUGAAUGGUCACAUCAAGGUGAGCAGUACACUUAACGUUGGAACCAACGUUACAAUUCUUCUGCCUCUCGAAAACACUCUCAAUGACAGCUCAGAAGUCAUUUCUGAAAUAUUACGAGGAGAUGAUGUAAAAGAUAUUCACGUGUUGGUGGUGGACCAAGACGAAUGUUUCCAAACUGUUUUACAAAGUUAUUUGAAACUUUUCACAAAGGUUCGAAAAAUUGAAUGCCGAACCUCGGUGGAAUCUCUUGAAACUCAGCCAUUGCCAGGUGGUAACAUGGUGAAGGUUAUUUUUGUUCCUGAGGGUGACUAUUCUCGAGUGACACAAUUAUUUUCGAACGGAACCAAGGAGAAUGAUUCUGUCAUCAUUACCCCAACGAUUUUCAAGGGGUCUCAAAGAUCCUAUCCCCAUCUGAAAUAUCUCUCCAAGCCUGUGAAAUUUUCUGAGAUUGUAGAUGUGUUGUCGAAUGACAAGAUGUUCUUGAAGGAGAACAAUGUCACAAAGCAACCUCUAAAGGACAAUCAUGUGUUGGCUCCAUCAAACACGAGCUUUAUGUUACCAACCAAAGACAUUACGACUACAUCUCCUCUUUCUUUUCAAAUCUCACCAAGAUUACACGACCAAGCCGCUCAACACGACACCGCUACUACUUGUGUGCGGACAUUUGAUUUCGCGUCGAUUUCUGUGCUUAUUGCAGAUGAUAAUGCAGUGAAUCGAAAAGUAUUGAUGAAAAUGUUGCAAAUCAUUGGAUUCAAAGAUAUUGACACUUCCAAUGAUGGAAUGGAAUGUUUUGAAAAGUUCAAACAAAAAGCAUAUCAACUCGUCUUGUUGGAUUGUUACAUGCCCAUUCUGAGUGGACGAGAAGCGUGUGAAAUGAUUCGAAAUUUAGAGAAACAAGGCAAUUCUAUCGAUAAGGAAUACCAUCACAAGCGAGUGCCCAUUAUUGCCAUCACAGCAAAUACAUGGGAACCAAGAGACACCUUGCUCUCACAAGGUUUUGAUGAUGUUGUUUACAAACCAGUGAUUUUGGAACAAUUUCGACAACUCUUACUGAAAUAUCUGGACCGUCAAGAAUUCACAACAGCCAGCACUAAAACCAAUGGCAACGACAUAUCCACACAGGAGAAAUAA